AUGAAAAAAUUUUGGGAGGAGAUAUCGAAACCAUAUUUUGCAGUUGCACCUAUGGUUGGAAACUCCGAAGAGGCCUGGCGUAGACUGUCAAAAAGAUAUGGAGCCAAUAUGUUCUAUACGCAAAUGGUGCACUGUGAAUCGUUUUUACGUGGGCCUAGAAAUCCUGUGAGGAAUCAGUGGUACACAACGUCAGAAGAAGAUAGACCUCUGAUAAUCCAGAUUUGCGGGAAUUCUCCCGAGGCCAUGCUAGAGGCAGCAUUGAUAAUGCAGGAUCAUUGUGAUGCAAUUGAUAUUAACUUUGGGUGCCCACAGAGGGUGGCCAGGAAGGGUGGUUAUGGAGCAUAUCUGCAAGAGAACUGGGAUUUGACAGAAAAAAUAGUGAAGACUCUAUCCACUAAUCUUAGCAUUCCUGUCUUCUGCAAAAUAAGAGUAUUUGAGUCGAUAGAAAAAACUGUAGAGUACACGAGGAUGAUUGAAAAGGCAGGAUGCUCUUUACUAGCUGUGCAUGGCAGGACAAGGGACCAGAAAGGAAAAGCAAUGGGAUUUGCAAGCUGGGACCAUAUCAAAGCGGUUAAGGAGAGCUUGACGAUCCCUGUCCUUUCAAAUGGAAAUAUAAUGGUUCAUAGCGAUAUCUGGAGAUGUUUGGAGUAUACGAAGUGUGAUGGAGUAAUGGUAGGAGAGACUCAUCUUUAUAAUCCUCUUAUAUUCACAGGGGAAAGUAAGCCAUGUCUUGAGAUAAUUAGAGAGUAUUUGGAUAUAUGCAUGGAGUUUCCAGGAAGCGCGGAUGUAGGGCACAUGAAAUCUCACAUAUUCAAGCUGCUGUAUAACUAUUUUCUUACAAAUCCCGACAGGAGGCCCAUUGUUGACUCCUGUAACACCAUAGAGAAGUUUUACAAGUUUUACUUAGAUCUUGUGAAAGAAAUGGAAUCUACAAUAAACGAAAGGGGAACCUCUGAGGUCUAUAAGAUGAAGCCCCGUCCUGUUCUUGAUACAAACAUGAUUGAUAAUAGUAAAAGUAGGUGA